CCAGGAUCCUAUAAUUAAUGAGACAGCUCCAGUGAUCCUCUUGGACCAACAGAGUUUCGUCAGCAGGUGCCGGCUGGAAACCAUGGUGCAGGUUAUAAAAGACACGACUCUAUGAGAUUAUGCACAUUUCCUCAUCUAUGUUUUGGUUUCAGGAUGAAUUGAAAACAUUUUUGAAAGCUGCUGGAUACAAACUUGUAGUGGUUGAAUUUUCAGCAAAAUGGUGUGGUCCCUGCAAAAGAAUGUCUCCUCUUUUUCAUGCACUGUCUCAGCAAUACCAAAAUGUAAUGUUUGCUAACGUGGAUAUCGAUGAUUCUCCGGAGUUGGCUAAAACUUGUCAUGUCAAAGCAAUACCCACAUUUCAGAUGUUCAAGAAAAGCCAGAAGGUACAUUAGCAGAGUGCUGGAUCAGAAAAGGAGCAACUAGGACACAAACCAGAGCCCAUAUGGAAUGCUGGCAUUGCAGGCGGGACAUGAACUAGCACCCAUAUGGGAUGCUAGAGUUGCAAGUAGUGGCUUAACCAGCUUCGCCACAAUGCUGGCCCCCAGCAAAACUGAAUGACCCCUGAAGCCAACAGAGUAACAUCCCCACAAAGAUAUGGACAAGAAUCUUCCAGGAAGUGCUAUUUGCUGUAGUCAAAGGGGAUAAACUGUAUUAUAUUGAUACUAUGGAAAUCUAAAAACACACUGAAAAGGAAUGUACCACUGCUACACAGGUAAAUCUCAUAAGUAUCAUGUAAGUGAAAGAAUACCUAAACACUGUAGAUUCUAUUUAUAGAAGUUCAAAAACAAGCAGAACUAGUUUAGUGUGAAAAAUUCUGAAUAGUGGUUGUCUUUGAGCCUAGGAAGGGUAGCCUGGCAACUGGUACCACCCAUAUCUUGAUUUGGGAGUGAUGAAACAGUUUAUUCUCAUUGUAACAAGUCUCCAAACUGAAUCUUUACAAUUUCCGGGAUUUUCUGAAUGUGAAUGAAUUUUUUUUAAUGUGGUUUCAGUUUCCUGGCUUGGACAAUCAGGAUAACACUCUGUGUCUAUAGCCAAGGCUCUUAUUGCACUUGUGGCUUUUGGCUGUCCUUGGUGGCUGCCAGACGGCACACACAAGCAUAUCAUAAACCCAUGGCCAUAGAAAUCACCCCUCCCUGGAGAUCCCCAUCCCUCCUAUCUCUGAUGUUCUUUGCACCUGUGCCAUUCCUCCAUGAGGGAAAAUUUCCUCCAAGCAGAGAAGUCAAUGACCAGAGACCUCCUCCUACAAUUUGACUCUAUGCUUCUCUUUAGCUAUGGAGGAUGGGCUAAGAUAACAGAAUUAAUCAGAUCCACGAAGAUUAUUGCCAUAAGGACAACAAGGACCACUUGGGGGUCCAGACGAGCAUCUAGAUUUACCUGGUGGUGAUCAUGAGAUGCAGGUGCACCCUGGGAGUUUCUCAUCCCUGCAUUGCCAGUGCCUUUUUCCGCUCACAUUGUCUUGCCUGCUCCUUGACGUGUAUCAGACUGCUCUUGAAACAGAGGAGUAGGGGUAGGGACUGAGAGGAAUCUUGGACAGAAGGUGCAUGAGAAGAGGAGGUGGGAGCCACUGUUCUACCUAGCAAAGCCCACGUUUUCAGUCCCAUGGGGAAGACUGAGACUCAGGUGGAACCCCAAACCUCGCACACCCUGCAUUCCACCCAAGCAUCGGGUAGAGACAAAGGACAAGUUUCCUGUAAGACCAGCCAGGACUGCCGAAGAAGUCCUGCUACUCCCAAGUGAAAAGAGUUUAAAUACACACACACACACACACACACACCUCUGCCCCAUCCUGCAGGCUCUGGGAGCACCCUAAGGCCUCCUUUGCCUCACCUUGGUCCCUGGCUCACUGGUAAUGAGUUCCACUUUCUGGCCACUUUGCUAAGCUUAGCAUCCUUUUUCUGCUCCCUGCCAAAUCUCCUCAUUCAUACAUCCAAGCCUGCCUGUGUUUUCUGCCGUGAGUUCUCAUCCUGAUACGUCCUCUGGCCUCAGAUUUCCCCGAAGAGUGUAAAACUCCUUUCUUGUCCCUGCGCUACCAACCCAGCUGUUUCCUGA